UCUCUCGCCGCUCCUACUACUCACACUCCACAGCGUCAUUCAUCGUCAUAGCUCCGUCUAUCCGCCCCCGAGAUAUUAAAAAAAAAUAGAUUAAGGCUAGGUACAUCCCAAAUCUUGGUCCUGGCCUCCCACAACCCGGGUCAAAUUGUCGCCUUCGCACCCGUCAUGUCAUCAUGUCCGCGUACUUAUGGGCUGCCCGUGGUCCCUCCGUCGUCCGGCCAUGCCAUGGCAUCCUUAAAACGAGCGCUCCCCUCGACCGCCCUCGACGACAGCGGGGGAUCAAGCUUGAGGCUGCCCUGCACCCGCUGCGGAUGGAUUACCGGUCUGGGGAUUGCUCUACUGCUGCCAGUCGACCAUGGGUGGGCGCGCCACUCCCGAGAGUUUGCCGUCGUUCAGAUGUCAUCGAUGAUGCAACCCGAGGCCGUCGCAUGCCAGGAACCUCAGCAGCAGCCGGACGAGGGAUAAGAACUGGGUUCUGCGCCUGGAAGGAUGGACCAAGGAUAAAUACUAAAACACCAAUGCGCCCGGAGAGAGAGCCUGAGGGUUUGAUCCACCACAUCGACAACCCAUGUAGACGUGCAGAGAGGAGGGCAUCGGCAAUGCCCCCGACGAAAACUCCAUGUGUCACUGCCAGGUGGUGGUGGUGGUGGUACUUGUACACUUGGACUUGGUACUCCGUACUGGGUCAACUAGUUAUACUUAACUAGUGCCGCGUAGUAAUCCUGGCCAUCCCGUGAUGCUGCAGGUCGAAUCACUUCUAGUUUCUUCCCUCGGAAUCCCCUCGUC